AUGGAUGAAAAUCCCCUUCAAUUAAAAAUACAGAAAAUAAUAAAUAGAACACCGGAGGAGGAAGAAGUUCUUCUAAAUGGAUUAAACUCGAUCUCUUCACUCGUGACAAACAACUCAGCUGUCAACCGAAGGACUCUUCGUAGUAACCUGGAAAGGAUCCAGCUAGAUUUUUAUGAAAACCUUUUAUUUGUCUUUGGGGAUGUUAAGAAGCGUGUUGACUCUGUAGACACUUACAUCAGCACUAUGCUUGAUACCUGUAGAGAGAUGAAUAAAACACUGACCUCUGUCAAAUCCGAAACGGCAUGUUUGAUGGAAUCAGCACAAAAGCUACAAUCAGACAGUAAAAUUUCAGAAAUAAAAGCGUGCAUAUUGGAUCAUUUAGUUGGUUCCUAUCAAAUCUCUUCGGAAGAUGCACAAAUUUUGUCGCUCGACGUCAAUCCCAUCGACAACACAUUCUUUUCAGCUCUUUCCCGUUGUAGACAGAUGAAAAAUAACUGUAAAGAAUUACUGCAAGCAAAGGAAAUCUCCUUUAGUUACUCAAUGAUGAAUAGUGUUAUGAAGACUUUGGACGUGGCUUUGAGAGACUAUAUGAUUGGACACAAAUUUCAAGAAGUGCCUGAAAUAUCAUUAUAUCUUCGACGUGCUUUAUCCGAGCUACAAGAAAAACCAGUCCUUCUGAAGUACUCUCUUGAUGAAUACUGUGGUGCUCGUCGCAAAGCUUCUAUCAGAUUAUUCAUGGAUGCACUUUCAGUGAGACUUGACCCGAAUCCCAAUACAACUGAUCAUUCUGUCAACAUGCUCCAUACAAAACCUAUAGAAAUGAGGUCACAUGAUCCUGUGCGAUUCGUGAGUGAUGUGCUUGCUUGUAUUCAUCAACUUACAGCUUCAGAGAAAGAGUACAUCAAUAAUUUAUGCAAGGACUGCCAUGAUACAUUAAUUAUAGACAUGAAAAAAAUUUGUUUGGAUACAAUCACUGAAAGUUUAUGUUCUCAGUUCAAAGUGAGCAUGGAAAAUUUAUUGAUAUCUCACCAUGAUGCUGUGGUUUUAUAUCGAAUUAAUAAUAUUAUGAGUUUUUAUCAACAUACAUUCAAAUCAUUGCUUGAAUCUACUGCUUCUCUGAUCUUAUGUGUUGAUGAUGUUCAAGGAUUGUGUAAACGUUUACUACUCAACACUCUAGAACAGUUUGUGAAACAGACCUUGGAACAGCCUGAUCUCCCUAACCAGGAUCUGUCACCUAACGAACUAGUUACUGAUAGCUUACAGUUACUUGUUCAAAUGCUUGGUGGUCAAGAUAUUUCAUUACUUCCAAAUGAUGUAGUGCAGGCGGAACGCAAAGUGGUAAUUGAAAGUCUUAUAUUCCCGCUAAUUGAUUAUUGUGAAAAGUCAGCCAAUUUACUUCCUAUUGUUUCCCAGUCACGCAUUCAAUCUAUAGAUGACCAUUUUUUCGGUGGUGAAGUUGUGCCAUCCGUUGGUCAUACGAAAACUUCAUCAACAGCAACAUACUUAGCUAACUGCUUUUACGUAAUUGAAGUCAGUCUUUCUAAAAUUCCGUUUAGCGGCUUUCAAAUCGAACAAAUUGCAUCGAAACUAGACUUGUGCUUGGAUUCAUUGGUUUCUGCUCAAGUUUCUUUCGUACUUGAACAAACUGGUCUUACGCAGUUAAACUCAACCCAAAAUGUUUCCCAGGAUCCGAAUGCAGUUCAGCAAACAAAAGCUAAACUUCGUGAGAUGCUGAAUGCCUUCAAUGUGUACCUGUCAAAUCCUGACAAAUUACUUCUCCCGGAAGUGAACAAACUCUAUGUACAAAGAUUAAAGAGAUUAGUUCGUCGCCGAUCUGCGGAUCACAUCCACUCCUAUUACCAGUCAGUUUACCAAACAAUAGUGGACAUAAGCAAGUCAUCGUGUUCCGACGGAGACAUUAUCUCAGAACUGUAUACUCCGCAACAAGUUGCUGAACUAAUUCUGAACUUUUGAUCAUUUCCCUAAACCAUUUCUUGAUAAACUUGAGUGUUCAGUUUUCCCAGUCACAAAUCACCUUUCACAUUUUAGUGCUCACUUCGUCGCCUCAUUGUUGCACGAUUUACAGCUAUCCACCGCUUGUCCUAGGUGAGUUAUUGAAAGAAAACAUUACACAGGUAUUUUCUGACGUAUGAUGUCUACCGCUCUUCAUUUCAAGCUCCUCUACCUUGAACACGACUCAUUUUAUGGUUGAGAAGGAACUACGAUAUAAAUUAGGUAUGGGAAGAUUACU